GUGAGCGUUGCAAAGCGGUGAAGGGUACCACGAACGGAAAGCACGGUCGUGGCGCUAGGCGGGCGUAGGCGAGGUUCCGUGACGGCCGUUCGGUGGCGCAGCAGGAAUUCCCAGCACGGCAGGCACCGGGUUGGUCAGCUACGUGGUGUUCGUGCGCUCUCUCUAUCGGUGUGUAUAUGCGCGAUUUGCCCCGAGUCCGCGCCUCGACUUGAUGACAUGGCGUCCUAGCGCUGCACGGGCGAAGUCGUACGUCCUCGGUGGAGAGGCUCUCACCCCGUCGUCGAAUCAGCCGCAUCCCAGGAUGCCAAGAUCAUGUGAAGGAAGGAUAUGAUAAACUGUGGCCGAUGAAGAGAAGAGCACGAGCAAGAGUACGAGCAGGAGCACGAGCAAGAGCAAGCGGCUUCGUCGAGGAAGGCGAGAAGAAGCGACGACGAGGCGGCAGCAGCAAUACCAAUAAAAAGAUCAACACUAGAUCUGAUGUUAGCGGACAUUAACGGUAACUUGGCGGAUCUGAGAAGUGAAGCGAUGGCGUCGCAGAGAUUUUGUCUGCGCUGGAAUAAUCAUCAAAGUAAUCUACUCUCCGUUUUCGAUCAACUACUCCAUGACGAGUCGUUCGUCGAUGUUACGCUGGCCGUCGAGGGUCAGUUACUCAGGGCACAUAAGAUGGUGCUGUCGGCGUGUAGUCCCUAUUUUCAGGCCCUUUUCGUCGGACACCCCGACAAGCACCCGAUAGUCAUUCUUAAAGAUGUCCCCUACGUGGAUAUGCGCAGUCUUUUGGAUUUCAUGUAUCGUGGGGAGGUCAGCGUCGACCAGGAUAGGCUAACCGCUUUCUUGAGAGUCGCUGAGUCUCUUAGGAUAAAGGGCCUGACCGAGGUAAACGAGGACAAGUGUGACUUGCCUAGUAUUACCUCUUCGUUGCUUGGCAAUCAAAACACAGUACCUCCACCACCACCGAAUCUACAUAGAAUAAACCAAAUCGGGCCUCACCACCACGUCUCGCAGAAGAGGAUGCACCAUAUGUCGAGCCAUCCUCUCCUUGGUUCGGCCUUAUCCGCGCCAAAGAGAAAAAGGGGCAGACCGAGGAAGCUCAGCGGUUCUUCCGAUACGCCGAUCGGCGAGAUCACGGGCCAGGAGCUGCAGUCAUGUUCGGGGACAGAUCUCGUACAAGGUUCGCCAGAAAUGAUGGAAAUGAAGAUGAGUAUCGACUUUCAGAGCGAAAGCACCGGUAAUAAUGGUAGAGGCGGAAACUCCAGUACUGCUUCGGCGAGUAGUAACAACGUGAACAGCAAUAACGUCGGGAACUCGGCAUCAUCGGGAGCCAGUCUGGCUGCUUCCUCUUUGUCGUCGACGAGGAAGGACGAACCAACGGAAAAUGGUACUGACACACCCGAAUCACUAACAUCUCGUGUUAAACGGGAACCUGAACCGACGCCUAGCACCUCUGCCCAAGCCUCCGAUGAGACGUUCGCGCGGCCACACAGUAGGCAAGGGAACGAAGGUUUCAAGCAAGACCCGGAGGAGACGUCGAGUGGCGGUGGCUCGCAGUCACCGACUCAUAUACGCAUCAACUUCGAGCGAUGCUUUCGUAAGGAGUACAGCACGUCUCUUCAAGGAAAAACAUCGUCAACGGCAAUUAUGGCGUCCAUGGAUGACUCGCAGCAAUAUUCCGAUUCCGAAUCGGAGCAAAAGGUGUCGAAAGACAAUUUGAGCAGUGCCAUAUUUAAUCUGGUCGCCGGUGAAUCGGAGAUCAGUCAAAGCGACUUCGAAGGAUCGUUUAAGGUCGAAAACGAGAGAACGGAGGGUUCGGUACGGGACUUCUGCGUGAAAGAGGGCGACGUAUACCGGUGCACUGUAUGCAAUCGUACCUACACACACAUCAGUAAUUUCUGCCGGCACUACGUCACCUCACACAAGCGUAACGUCAAGUACUUUGCUUGUCCGGUUUGUUAUAAGGAAUUCACGCGGAAAGAUAACAUGGUCGCCCACGUUAAGAUCAUACAUAGCCUUAAGUCGCACAUGGCUCUUAGCAGCAGUGGCAGCAGUAGUAUGGGUCAGCAGCGGUAGACCGCUGUCGGUGCGUCCUCUCUUCUCAGGCUACGUUCCUUGGCUCUUUCCCUUCGUUCUGUCUCUUGAGAAAGAAUCCAAAUUACCGUUACGAUGCUCCUCCUACGUUUCCGGAGGUGCUCUUAACGGCCAAGUAUCACUUCGCGUCGUGCAAUCGUCGAUAAAUCGUUGAACAAAUCGUUGAUCGAUUUCUUCGUCGUCGUGGUAAGGGUCAGGGGACGUUACGCAAGGAAGAGGCAGCAAACGAAAAAAAUCGCGUGAAAAGCUCAAGAGCGAUGCGAGCGUACGUGUCAGUGGCUUUCCGGAUAAACCCAUAGCUGUAAAAGAAAGAAAAGAAAAGGUCGCAGUGUUUCGAACGGACAAAGAGAGAACAAGUAGUAGUAGUUAGAUUAGUCUCGUAGUUAAUAAAAUACAAUCGAGGAUUGGUUUUUGAAGACAACGCUAGUAGGACGAAUCAAGAAAGGACGAUAUGGGGGUAAACGGAUAGUCAAUCGAAUAUACAAAUUUUAAACAUCCGAUGAUCAUCGUCAUUGAUACGUAGAUAGUUGUACAUCUGUUUCCUUUAUACAAUUAACGAACGUUUGAUAAACAACAAACAGGCAGAACAAACAACUAAAUCCGAAGACGUUGUUUCCGCCAAUAUGGGGAAAUUGAAUCGUAGACCAUGUGUCUGCUGCAGCUCAAAACAGUUUCUCCUUUUUCAAUGUAUCAACGUGAAACGAAAGAAACUGGACUUUUAACAAAUGGAUAUAUGAUAUUAAUCAUAGCAGCUAGUAAAGUCAAAUACAGUCGAACGGAGUACCUUUUGUGUCCGGUUACUUUAUUAAACGUGAUAUAAUUCGUGCUAUAUCGGAUCCUAUAACUACUGGUUUUCUCUUGAUUCGUUCGAAAGUUCGCUCUUUCGGACAAAAUCGGCGGGUGUAUCUCAGCCUAUUUCGUAAACCGAAAGCUCCCUUUCUCGAAAAAUGAUUUUCGUGCGCGUAACACGAAACGGGCAUUAAGUUACAAACGAAACGAGCUUUACCGCGUCGCUUCCCUUCAAGGGAAUCGCGGAUGUUAUACAAAUAAAAAGAAAAAAAGAAGGAGGAACGUAAGAAAGAGAGAUAUGCGCAUACAAAGAGUUUAUAUAUGAUUGAACCGGUGUACUCGUUUGGUCGUCUUAACGUAGUUGUACGACAACGAGGAUCAGUUAUGAAACAAAGAGGAGAAAAAAGUAAGCAAGAUAAUUGCAAAAGAAACGUGAGUCCAAAUCAACAAAGAGUAUAUUUACUAUUGUGUGACUAUAAUAUUACGGAGAGAAUCAAACGUGUUGCAUGUAGCAUCGAAAAUAUGCAUACGUUUAUUGAAGUAAAACGGCGGUACAUGCACACACAAUAUAAAUAAGGGAACCACGUAGACUGAGUAAAUGCAAUAUAUAUGUACGAUGACCGUUCGCCAUGUUGUUGAGCCGUUGAGCUGUUGUCAAGCUGUCGAGCCUGAUUCGAAGUUAUAUAGUAGCGUAAUAGGGAGCCAAGGUGGAAAGAAGUCCGCGGUUAGGGCAGGCAAGGAUGGAGAUAGUUAAUGGGGAAAUUAACGGAACGGGACAUGCAAUUCUUGAAAGACUGCAGAGGGACGGUUUUAACGACACCAAAUACAAGAUAGUACUGACAUUGGAUAGACUGAAGGCACUUUAGUAGUAACUUAACGCCAUAUCGUACUGUACCGUACUCUAUUGAACAAAACAUUUGUGCUUAGCCAGUACAACUGGACACAGUUUUACUACUAUAUAUUCUAUAUAUUCUGUAUAUUAUAUAUAUUAUAUUAGAAAACAUGGAUUUUAUCGUUAUCCAAAAAAUGAUACGUUCGUUUAUUUCCUGUUUAACUUGAAAUGAAUCGUGGGUAAAAUAUCUAUAUAUAUAUAUUGUUCCCAAGAGCAAAAAUAUGCCAUUAAAACGACUAUUAAAUUUGUUACAUAAAUUCAUAAUCAACUAAAGCUAAUCGUUAUAACGUAGAUUCUCUUUUUGUAAAUAUUAAAUUCUAAAUAACGUGAGACAAGGAUGUGUGUGUGUCCAGGGUCAUAGAAAUUAUCGUUGUUAAAAAUAUAUCCUUGUCUUACUUGUUACGAGUUUUACGCAGUUUAUCCGAAGCAUAAUUUUAUGUAUAAUUUAAUUCAGAAAGACCAUGCUUAGAAAAGAAAAAAGGAUACAGAGUUCUUUGUGAGUUCUUUUAGUCUUAAAGACUAUAGCGUGCACGCGCAAACGGUCGAGUCGAUUAUCGAUUACUGUUCAAAAGGGAUACGGCUACAGUGAUGGUACAUAGGCUUAGUCGUGAGAGACAGCACUAAAAUACGAUUGUAGCUUACUAUAUUUUGCACUUUACACUUUGUCGAAUCCUCUCUAGUCGGACCUUCGUUCAUAGAUCGAUUGUUAUGAUUAUGAACGACACGCAUGAAUCGGAGAGGAAGCGAAACGAUUUAUAUACAAAUUUUUUCACUAGUUGGGCAUAGACAUUAGACGACUAGAGGCUAUAUAAUAAUAAUUAUAAAUAUUAUUACUGCUACUAUUAAUUAAUUAUAAUCGUAACGGAGACCUUCGUUGUUAUUUUAAAUGCGUGGGAUUUCAAGGUGAAAAGAAAAAUGAAAGAAGAAGAGACAGGACACAACAUGAUUUAUACGAUCUUGUGUCCGAUAUCGCCCACGAUUGACCAGUGUUGUUCGUUCGUUAUUCAAGAGAUAUCUAGCGUUGCAAAGAUAAAAAAAUUUUAGUUGUAAGAAAUACGGAGCGAUCGGAAGAUCGAUCGCCUCCGGAUGCAAUUACGCGUACUUUUAGGAAGAUAGAAUGAUAUAUUAUUAGUUAGGCAGGCAGCAAUGAUUAGACGAGUAGGUAAAGUAAAGCAAAAAAAAUAAUAAGGAACGAUAGAAAGAGAAACAAACUAAAAGCAUAUACGGAUGUUUUAAUAUUUCUGAUCGUAAUGGACCGUGCCGCUGACUCGCAAAAUCGAUGUGCUCUCAGGUCAAUUAUCUUCAAAAUUUUUAACUUUCAUGGACCAAAGAGUAUCCACCAUUCCGCGUCGGUGGAUUAUUUUCGGCGGGGAGAAAAGAUGUGUGUGUGUGUGUAUUCUUUUGUUUUAGUUUAUCCUAUUUUAGCUUGUGUUUUUUUUUUGUUUGACGUACAGAAAGAAAAUUUUAAGGACGAGAGACAGUUGCAGGCCGGUCUUGGUGAAAUUGUUGUGUUCGCGAUGGGUUAACGCAAAGCCCGUCCAAAAAAAAAAAAAAAAAAAAGGAAGAAAAUAUGAAAACAAAUUGCGGAAAGAGGGUAUAAACUGAUAGUUGAAUAUAAAUAUUAUAUAUUAAACAAAAAUAAGUGCAAAGAGGCAGCGGCUAAAACAGCUUAUAUCGAUUUAAAAUGGAAAAAAAUAAUAAUUAAAGUAAUACACUCACAUUUGAUAAUCACUGAGAGGCUAAGACUAACUCAAUUUUAGAUGGCAGGUAAAGAGGACGAUUUAUAGAAGCGGAAUAAAGCGUGUCGAUAUGAAAUGGAAAGUACAGUGUAACAGAGCUCUCGGAUCGCCUAAAGCAAAAUCAAUUGCCAAAUUGUAACGAACGACAAUUCAAUCAUUUCGAUACUAGGCUCACGAUCAAUUUCUCACUUUUUUAACAAUAGACCAGGAAAAUAGAUCCACGUGCUUGUUUCUUUUAAACGGGGGGCUUUCCGUGAUAGCUCGUUUGGGAUAUCCAAUUUUAUUCGUCCGUACGAAAAGGAGCGUUAGUUUACCCUAGUCGACUUUUGCGUGAGAAAUCGCUUGGAAGACCUGAAACUCUUGGUGAUCCUUGUUGACCACAUGUUUGUUUUUUCUUUAAAUUUUAUUUCUCGCAUAAUAUAUUAUUCUGUUAAAUAUCUUAUUUGUCGUCGUCGUCGUCGUUGUCGUCGUCGUCAUUGUACAAGAAAACAAAGAUCCGCAAAUGUUUCUAUCCGCCGUUAAACUUUAGAAAGACAGUUGCAGAGCAUUUGGCAAAGAAGCAAAAAAAGAACAUUUGUAACGACGCGUAUGCGAAUCAAGUUGUUAUCUCUGCUUACAUCGAAUUCCUUAAUGGUAUCUUAAGGCUCGUGAUCAGGGUAAACUGAUACCUAAUAAAAUUGUUGAAAUUUAGCAACUGAUCUUGAAGCUUGCUACGAAAAUUUAUCGUACAACAUUCGCUCACGUUCGUUGCCUUUAAAUGUUGUUAAUCUUUAGAAUUAAGGUUGUAAAAAAG